AUGAAGGGUUCUCUUGCUCUUGCUAGCCUAAUGGGCGCAACUGCCCUUGGCCAGAGCUUGACUACUUCCAUGAUCGAGUCUAUGGGCAACAACACACUCUUCACCAGAUGGCGUCCUCAGAACCAUUUCAUCGCACCAGCGGGCUGGAUGAACGACCCAUGUGGUCUCAUGUAUGAUCCUACUGAGGAUCUAUACCACGCCUUNUAUCAAUGGCACCCCGAGCACAUCAACUGGGGUAACAUCUCCUGGGGCCAUGCCACGUCGAAAGAUAUGAUCUCUUGGACAGACGUUGGUGGCUGGCAGGGCAGAGAUGCUCUGGCAAUGGGACCCUCUGGUAACGGCAGCUACAACGGCCUUGGUAUCUUCUCUGGUACUGCUCAGCCUGUCAACUUGACUGGCGGUAUUGAUGGAACUCUCCUCAUUUUCUACACCUCUGUUUCCAAGCUUCCCACCUCCUGGUCCAUUCCUUACCAGAACGGAACCGAGAGCCAGAGCUUGGCUAUGUCUACCGAUGGCGGCAAGACAUGGCAGCAGUACGAGAACAACCCUGUCAUUCAGGGGCCUCCCGGAGGCUGGAACAUUACUGGUUUCCGUGAUCCAUUCUUCGAGCCUUUGCCCGCCCUCGAUGCCAUUCUUGGUCGUGAACCUUCUUACUACGCUGUUUUCGGAAGCGGCAUCAAGGGUGUCGGUCCUCGCAUGCCCCUCUGGGCCGCACCUGCAUCAGACCUGACCAAUUGGACUUUCCUAGGCUCCCUCUUUGAGCCUACCAGCAACAGUUCUCUUGGUUCAGUGCUCUCUACCGGCUCGUACGGCUACAACUUCGAGGUCUCUGGUUUCUUCACUCUCCCUGACGAGGACGGCCACCUGCACUACUUUGUUAACAUGGGAUCUGAAGGCGGCAAUGUCUCCUUCCAUGAGUCUGCCCACUGGGCUCUCUGGAAUGAAGGCCAUGUUACCCGUCGUGCAAAUGGCUCUGCUCAGUUCACUCCUAUUUCUGGUGGUGCUGGCGAUUGGGGUCUCCUCUAUGCUCUUUCCAGCUUCAACGACACCAAGAACGACCGUCGCGUUCAGUACGGAUGGGCACCUGAAGACAUCACCGGCGACGGUGGUAUUUUCUCUGCUAACCAGCAAGGUUUCCAAGGUGCUCUUUCUCUUCCUCGUGAACUCUUUGUCCACACUGUGAAGAACGUUGUGAACGUGGAUGGUAUGGUUACCGAGUUGGGCAACUCUUACCUCGCUCAAAACCUCGAUGGCAGCUUUACAGCUCAGACUCUUGGUGUUAGACCCCUUGACGAUGUUGUCGUCGGUCUCCGCAAUGGCUCGACUCAGCACUCGUGGCCCGGUCGUACUUACAACGGCAGCCACGCUCUUGUUGCAAACGGCAGUGCUCACAUGGAACUCAGUGCCGUCGUUUCUAGCGCUACUGGUCCUUGCGGUGUAAGAAUCGGCAUGAGUCCCGAUGGUCGCGAAUACACCACAAUCUACUACGAGCCAGCCAACAACACUGUUGUCGUUGACCGUAGCCACUCUUCCCUUAUUGAUGGCUUCGCCAACUCUUCCGUCAUUGGCUACUUCCACCCUUACACCACUCAGGGCGAGUAUGGCAAUGCUACACAGGAGCCUCUCGCGUGGGACAUCUUCGUCGAUGGCUCCCUGGUUGAGGUUUACAUCAACGAACGUUUUGCUCUCACAACCAGAAUCUACCCCAGCAUGGAGAGCAGCACCGGAGCCGGUGUCUACGUUCCUAGCGGAUCAUCUGCCACUUUCGACAGCAUUGACAUGUGGUCAUCUCUGUACAAUGUCUUCCCCGAGAGACCUUUGAACUCCUCAAGCCAGCUUGUCUGGGAUACUGUUGAGCAGACCAACAACCGCACUUGGUGGACUGGCAACUAG